AUGUCUAAUUCCCCAGAAACUCUCAAGAGCCUUGCGGCCAAGGUGACUGAGCUGUCAGCCUCCUUUACCAAGUUCCUCGAGCAGAACAAAAUCCCCCAACCAACUUUCGAAGCCGAUAGCCCGACCAGUUAUGAGGGCAUCACGCCCGAGGCCUUUGUGCUGCGCCAGAAGCUCCUUGACUCCUUACAAGACAUGUGGUACCUCGCCCAAGGCCCAAGCGAGAGCAUCUUCAACUAUGUUCACAACUCCAUGCCUGACGUUGCCGUGCUGAACAUCCUGAACCAUUUCAACUUCUGGGACGCAGUGCCCUUGGACGGCUCGGCGGAUCACGCCACCAUCGCCAAGCACACCUCCCUGCCGCAAGAAGUCGUCGAGCGCGUCCUCGAGCACGCGACGACGCUCCGCCUCUUCGCUGAAGUCAGUCCAGGCCGACCAGCCUCGGGUGUCCGCCACACAUCCCGCUCCGCUGCCCUCGCCAAGAACACAGGUCUCCGCGCCCUCGUCGCCACCCUCCUCGACGAUGCCGGCCCGCCCAUGACCCUCAUGAACCACGGCCUUUGCGUGCUGCACAACAACGACGGCCCGCUCGGGCGUUACAAGAACAGCUGGGACUACAUCGAGAAUGACGGCGAGGGCGAGAAGAAGGGGUGGCGGUCGCGCAAUUUCGUCACCUUUAUGAACUACCUCAAGGACAUCUUCCGUCUCGAGCAGGUUGUCCUCGAUGCUUACGACUGGAAAGCUGCGGGCGACAUUUCGGUCGUCGACCUCGGUGGCUCCGGCGGCCACGACGACUUUGCCCUGGCCAAGGCCUACCCGAAUCUCAAGAUCAAGGUGCAGGACCUCCCCGAGGUCGAGCCCGUCUUCACGGCCAACCGGCCGGCAGAGCUCGCCUCGCGCGUCACCUUCCACGCGCAGUCCUUCUUCGAGCCCCAGGCCCUGUCGGCCGACGUGUACAUGUUCAAGCUCAUCCUGCACGACUGGCCCGACAAGGAGUCGGUACAGAUCCUGCAGGCGCUGCGGCCGAGCCUCAAGCGCGGCGCGCGUGUGCUCUUCAUCGACUACGUCGGCAAGCAGGGCGAGCAGGAGGGCGAGCCACUGCCGCGGUCGAUUCAGCAGAUGGGAACGUCAACAGACAUUCGCAUGAUGGCUCUGUUUGCAACCAAGGAGAGGCCCGUCAAGGCCUGGAAGGAGAUUUUCCACAAGGCCGACGAGAGGUUUGAGAUUGUCAGGGUUGAGGCUAACCCCAUGACAUUCUUUGUCAUCAUCGAGGCUGUUUGGCAAGGAUGA